CGAGUUGGUUGGCUGAAUUUCUCUGACCCCCUUAACAUUUUUUGCACCUUAUUGAAAUCUCCAAGAAAUUCGGAAGCCAAAACACCAUCUUUGAGACUAUGCCAUCUCUUCAUCUCUUUUUCUCCGACUUUGUCACCAAAACCCACCUCCACAAAACACCAGUUCCCAGAAAAAAUCUGUCCAAAUCCACCAUUCUCACUCAUCGGAUGUGCAUUUCUUCAAAUUCUUACCCUGUACAAAGUGGCAAUUGUUCACUCUCCUUUAUCGCUCCUUUGGAAGCAAUAUUCUUUGAUAUCGAUGGAACAUUGUGCGAUUCAGAUCCUGUCCAUUACUAUGCUUUCCGAGAAAUGCUUCAAGAGAUAGGUUUCAAUGGAGGAGUACCUAUAACGGAGGAAUUCUUCGUUCAGAAUAUUAGUGGCAAGCACAACAUCGAACUCUGUGGCGUCCUACUCCCGGACUGGGAUUUCCAUAGAGCCAUGAAAUUUAUGGACGAUAAGGAAGCAAUGUUUCGGAGAUUGGCAUCAGAAAAACUAGAAUCAAUGAACGGCCUCAACAAGCUAUGCAAAUGGAUUGACGAUCACGGUCUGAAAUGUGCUGCAGUAACUAGUGCUCCGAGACCAAAUGCUGAACUCUUGAUCUCGAUGCUGGGCCUUGCAGAUUUCUUUAAGAUACUAGUCAUUGGGAACGAAUGUGCCCGAGUAAAGCCAUUCCCAGACCCCUACUUGAAGGCUCUACAAGCACUUCAAGUGUCCCCUAAGCACGCAUUCGUGUUUGAGGAUUCUGUUUCCGGGAUAAAAGCUGGGGUUGCAGCUGGGAUGCCAGUGGUGGGUGUAGCUAGAAGAAACCCGGAAAAAUUACUGGAACAAGCUGGGGCGACUUUCACUAUCAAGGAUUUUGAUGAUACAAAAUUGUGGAAUGCUUUGGAAGAGCUAUCGAAUGAAUCAGAUUUAGCAACAGCUACCACUUGAACUGUUAUAGGUUAAACUAUAAUCAAACUAGGACUCAGUUUGGGAUUUAUGUUUAAAUCAGUUAGAGAGUGAUUUAGAUAGAUUUCAGAAUCCAUUUUUUACCACCUGUUUAUUUCUCUUAGGAAAUAAGGACAUCCUAAGAUCUCUACAAAUUACUUGAAUCAUUGUUAUUGGUGGAAUACAAUUCAUGUGCCUCCCUCCGUAUAGUUGGGAAAAAAACAGCAAGGCUUUUUAAGUUUGAGUACCUGGAUUACGAUGAUUCUUGCCUUCAACCAUUCGUACUGCA